AAAAUAGUAUAAAGAUGCUGACUAGGUGCACUAGACGCCAGUCACUAGAAGCCAUGGCCCGCUCAAGCAUCGUGGUCGCUCUGCUGCUGUGCGUUGCUGCCUGCAACGCCAAGAUCUGGGAACGCUGCGACCUCGCUCGCACCCUUCUCAACACGUACAAGCUGCCGCGCGACCAGCUGGACACGUGGAUGUGCAUCGCGUACCGCGAGUCUCGCUACGACUCCUCGCACAUCAACACCAUGAACUCGGACGGCUCCAAGGACUACGGCCUCUUCCAGAUCAACAACCGGUAUUGGUGCCACAGCAGCGACUCACCCGCCCCCAACCAGAACCUGUGCAACGUGGCCUGUGACACCGUGCUCAACGACAUGGGCGCCACCGUCACCUGCAUCAAGACCAUGUACGCCAAGAGCAGGAACACCUGGCAGCCCAGGAUCACCUACCCGUACUGCGCGCGGGAGAACCUCAAGGGUUACACCGAGGGCUGUGGGAUCUGAUGCGGCUGCCUCACUUUCGAAAGAGAACGGCAUCACCACUUCCAAUGCUCGGCAUUAGUUCUUGUGAUGUUCGUUGCAAUAAAGUCCUGCAGUUUGAACAUGCA